AAAUCCUAUCGCUCCGUCCAUUGCUCUGCCUUUUACUUUUACAUUCAGCAACGACUCUGUGCAUUGCAUCUCCCUCCCUCUCCCUUCAUCCUCUCAUCCCCAACAUGACCCUCGCCUCAGCCUCAUUCGGCCUCACACCCGCGCAAAGCUUCCACAGAGCCUACCUCCUCGAUUCCCUUAUAUCCGACGUCACCACCCUCCAAAAACACGGGUGGUUGCCCAAUACCCACUUUGAUCAAGUCCUCCAAUACCUCAAUUUCGAAAAAACGAAUCCAUCUGCCGCACGGAACGGGGCGGCUCCUUCUGGCGCUGGUGCAGGUGUACCCCUCUCGCAAUCAGUCUCGGAAGGAACAUAUGUAACCGUGGGUGCAUUUCGAGUCAAGACCUACCAGCAGAAAAAAGUCGCGAGUAGUAGUUUGGUGAGCGGACCUAGUGCACCUAGUGUACCUGUUGGAAGUCCUUUGGUAUCUGUAUUAGCCAUUGCGGAUUUCGAGAGUGAGGAACCAGGGGACCUUCCUUUCAAAUCUGGUGAUGUGAUUCAAGUUCUUGGUGAUGUGGAUGAAAAUUGGUAUAGGGGCCGCUUACGUGCCAUGGAAGGCAUCUUUCCAAAAAGUUUUGUACAACCCGUUUCGGCACAACCACCUCCACUUCCUCGUCGUAUGUAAUAUACGGUAUGGUUGAAUGGUGCACCCACCCUAGGCCUAUGCGCCCGACGCUUUGGUCCGUGAUUGAUGGUUGACGUAUAUCAUACAUACAUUCCCCACCGCCAGUGCAUCCUUGCAUCGAUAUCUGCCUAUUCAUGGACCGCAACAAGGCUGUAAAGGAUCAUUUGUGGUUAUAAUGCAAGGAAGCGGUGUGUGAUGAGAUGAAUAUGGUUGGCACUGAGGACAGACCAAACAGACUCAUAAUAACGCCAAGCUAAGCACACGUGACCCGUAUGCACAAGAGGACUUGCUGUAUUGCAGAUAUUUAAUUUACGUACGAGCUUUAUAUUACGUUUGUGUAUUGGGUAUUUAUUAGGUAUGGGAUUUUACAUGGAGGACGAUAGGUAGUUUUAUGUAGGAGUGUCAAGUUUCUUGAUAGGAUUACGUGUGUGCUUGUAAGGGUAUGCAACCCUGCAUGAUGGGAUCUGUUUGAUGGGCACGCUUUCAACUGCUAGUAAAAGGACACUUGACGAGUUUGUGUUUGCGCAUGACGUUUGAAUGCGUAGCGUGCCUAUUUUUGAAUCUUGACAAUGUGGGUUUUGGAUUUCGGUGAUGUGUGGAUGUAGACCGUCUGUGUGGGAAACGGGUGUCCCCGUCUUGUCCGUCGUGAAGGAUUGGCAAUAGUGGGUUGACAGAAAGGAUUCAUAGAGCUGCUCUUUGGGGUGCGCAUGGGAAACGGGGGAAGUCCACCGUCGUGAACCCUUGGCAAUAAAGGGUUCAAACAACUGUUCCUUAGGUGCGUACAUUGUGCGCGUGGGAAACCGGGGACGUCCACCGUCGCGAACGCUUGGCAAUAGUAGGUUGACGGAAAGGAUUUAUAGACCUGCCCCUUGGUGUGUGUGGACAGUGCGCGAGGGAAACGGUUGACGUCCACCGUCGUGAAGGUUGGCAGUAGGAGG